AUGUCGUUGAAGGUCCAGACCAGCAACGUGACCAACAAGACAGACCCAAAGUCCAUCAACUCACGGGUGUUCAUCGGGAACCUGAACACGGCGGUGGUGAAGAAGUCCGAUGUGGAGACCAUCUUCUCCAAGUACGGCCGUGUGCUGGGCUGCUCCGUGCACAAGGGCUACGCCUUCGUCCAGUAUGCCAGCGAGAGGCACGCCAGGGGGGCGGUGAUCGGAGAGAACGGCAGGGUGCUGGCCGGACAGACGCUCGACAUCAACAUGGCUGGAGAGCCGAAGCCAAACAGAGCCAAAGGCCUGAAGAGAUCAGCAGCUUCUCUCUACAGUGGCUACGAGUUUGACUACGAUUACUACAGAGAAGACUUCUACGACAGGUUGUUUGAGUACCGUGGCCGGGUGUCUCCGGUUCCUCGGGUGGUGCCCGUCAAACGCCCGCGGGUGGCGGUGCCUCUGGUACGACGGGUCAAAUCGUUGCCGGUCAAACUGCUGACACGUAACGCCUCCGUCCUUCCCAGCAGCAACGGCAACAGACAGAGAUUGAGAAGCACAGAGCUUCAGGCGAUCAAGUCAGAGUUGACUCAGAUUAAAACCAACAUCGAAGCUUUACUGGGCAGACUGGAGCAGAUCACGGAAGACACACACAUCACAGCCACAGAGUUGAGGAAGGCAGAGGCGUGUAAAAACAAGGAGGUGUGGCAGGAAGGGGAGGAGUCAAGCUCAGAGCUGGACGAGGAGGAGGAGGAGAAAACAGUCGCCUAUCAUCAGAGCCGGACUCCAUCCACCCCUGAGAGCCGGGCUUCACACAGUUACACAAAUUCAAACCUGAAGCUGCCCAGUACAACCAGCGAGGUGCUGCUGGGACCAGUGGAAGGUGGAAGGUCUGGGGCAGCGAUGAAGGAGAGUGACGCUCACAGUUAUCCUGCUGGUCAAACUUUCAACUCCCAUUAUCUCAACGAGGAAGAAGAAGAAGAAAAGGAGGAGACGAGGGAAGGUCUCGAGUGGAGACAUCAGCCCUGGCCCCGCCUGACCUGA